CGUCCACCAACUUCACAGACGCAGCCGCAGCCGCAGCCGCAGGUCUCCUUGAACGGAUGGUCCGGACCCAUGUGGAAGCUAGUCCCCACCGCGGGCCUGGCCCCAGAACCAUACAGACUUUUGACUGGUGUUGAGUACUUAGUUGGAAGAAAAAACUGUAACAUUCUAAUUGAAGAUGAUAAAUCAAUCAGUAGAGAUCAUGCUGUGUUAACUGCAAAGUUUCCAGUAAACAACCCGAGUCAAUCAGAUGAAAUCCCUGUGUUGACAAUAAAAGAUAAUUCCAAGUAUGGUACCUUUGUUAAUGAGGAAAAAAUGCAGACUGGUAUUUCACGCACUUUAAAGACAGGAGACAGAGUUACUUUUGGUGUGUUUGAAAGUAAAUUCAGAGUAGAAUAUGAGCCUUUGGUCACGUGUUCUUCUUGCUUAGAUGUCUCUGGGAAAACUGUCUUAAGUCAAGCUAUAUUACAACUUGGAGGACUUAAUGUAAAUAAUUGGACAGAAGAAUGUACACACCUUGUUAUGAUAUCAGUUAAAGUUACCAUUAAAACGAUAUGCGCACUCAUUUGUGGACGUCCAAUAGUUAAGCCGGAAUAUUUUACUGAAUUUGUUAAAGCAAUUCAGUCCAAGAAACAAGUUCCACAGAUUGAAAGUUUUUAUCCUCCUAUUGAUGAACCAGCUAUUGGAAGUAAAAAUAUUGAUCUGUCAGGACGACAGGAAAGAAGACAGAUCUUUAAAGGAAAAACAUUUAUAUUUCUAAAUGCCAAACAGCAUAAAAAGCUAAGUUCAGCCAUUGUGUUUGGAGGAGGAAAUGUUAAAUUGAUAACAGAAGAAAAUGAAGAAGAUGAUAGUUUCUUUUCAACUUCUGGAACUUGUGUUGUUGAUGCAGGAAUAACAAACUCACAGACACAGACCUUAUUUAGUGACUCUCAGAAAAAAUGGAUUCAUUCAAUUAUGGAUAUGCUCCAAAGGCAGGGUCUUAGACCUAUUCCUGAAUCAGAAAUUGGAUUGGCAGUUAUUUUCAUGACAACAGAGAAUUACUGUGAUCCUCAAGGCCUUCCUAGUACAGGAUUGAAGACAACAACUACAGGUCCAAGCAUUUCCCAAGACUUGUUAGUCAGUGAGAAAUUAAUGCCAAGUGCCCCAUUGAAUAUUACAACAUAUGUACCUGAUACAGAAUCAGAGCAAGCAGAUACAUGUAUGGAUUUGAGUGAAAGACCAAAAGAAAUCAAAAUUACCAAAAUGGGACAAAAAUCCAGAUUGCUUUCCCAAGAAACGUCCAUUGUGAAGGAACCUCCCAAAAUAGGCUCCAGUAAUAAUAAUGUAAUAUCAAAUUCUGUGCUUAGGAAGAAAGUUCCUGAUUAUCAGCUUUCACCCACUAAAUUAUCAGGUGGAAAUAAAAGUCAUGGCCGGGCUUCUCAAUGUCAGCAGACCAACUCAAUCAAAAACUACUUUCAGCCAUCAACCAAAAAAAGGGAAAGGGAAGAUGAAAGUCAAAAAAACUCAUCUAAAUCAGCAAGAAUAGAAAUGUCUUGUUCUCUGUUAGAACAAACACAACCUGUAACACCCUCAGUAUGGAAAAAUAAGGAGCCACAUUUCUAUCAGGAUGAGCCAGUGGACGUAAAUUCAGAUAACUUAUUUACAGAGAUAGAUGUUGAAUCCUCUGCAAAAAAUUUUGCCAGUAAAUCUCUUUCUACAGAAAAUCUAAGAUCAGGAAAAAGAAAAGACAUGGAUGACUUAGUCUUAGAGGAUGAGGUGAUAGAAGAAUUAUUCAAGAACAUGAAACCAGAAUUAGAAGUUCAAGUGACUGUUCCAAAACAAGAGGAAAAAGCCACUAUUAGAAAAAGACCAAGAUUGGAUAUUCAAACAAAUGGCACUUUUAAUAAUGAAGCAACACUGGAAAAUAACAAAAUAUCUCAAGAAAGUGAAAUUGGAAAGAAAUGUGAAAUCAAGACAGAAUCAUUAUGGUCAACUAAAGAAGAAUUAUCUAAUAAUGACAAACUUCAGGAGGAUGAUGAGAUGCUUCCAAAGAACGUGUUACUGACUGAAUUUAGGUCUCUGGUGGUUAGUAACUCUAGUUCCAGAAGUGUAUCUAGUAUAAACAGUGAUUAUGGUCAACCGAAGAAUUUUAAGAAAUUCAAAAAGGUCACAUUUCCUGGAGCAGGAAAACUUCCACACAUCAUUGGAGGAUCAGAUCUAAUAGCUCAUAAUACUCGGAGGAAUGCGGAAUUAGAAGACUGGUUAAGGCAGGAAAUGGAGGUGCAAAAUCAACAUGCAAAAGAAGAGUCUCUUGCUGAUGAUCUCUUUAGAUAUAAUCCUAAUGUGAAAAGAAGAAGAUAACUGAAGAUUUCAUAAAAAAGCCAUCUAUAACAUUUCUUACCAUACACUUCCAAGUUUUUCCUGGGAUUACAUGCAUAGAAGGAUAGAAUAUUGAAGUUACAAAUAUUUUGUAGCCUAAAUUUUUAAAUAAAAUGUACAAAACUCCAUCCUUUGGUUUGCAGGUUACUUUUUCUGUUUUCAAGUCUCUGUCAUCACACCUCUAGAGUUUUGUUUUUUUUUUCUAUUUUUAAAUGUUUUUAUUUACAACUAAUACAAUCACAGCUCAAAAUAGCCUUACUUACUUCCCCAUCAUGAAAUACAUGAGGGGAUUCAUGAUAUUCUUACUAAUAACUCAUUUCUUAAUAGUCUUUCUAAGGUUUUUAAUGACUUUAAAUUUGUUUGCAUAUAAUUUUACAGUAAGUUCCUACAAAAAUGAUAAUGUAACAUUUGCACUUUUCUGCACUUCCACACUUUUUCACAGAAUGAAAUCAGUAGAUCAUAGACAUACAAGAAAAUAAGUAUUUUUAUCUUUUUAUGCUAUAGUAUUCAAACACCUGAAGUGACUCAAAUGAACUGGAAUCCAUUAGUAAAAAUUUCACUCACAUAUUUAUUCUAGUACUGGAAACUGAAAACAAUGUGGACUGCUCUAUCAAGUUUGUAGAUAGUUCUCGCUAAAAUGGGAAAACCUGUUUGGUGAUGUUUGUGAGAUAGAUGUUCCUUUAUUUUGAGCUUCUUUGAUUCUGUUGUCCCAUUUGUAAAGAGAAAUAGAAUAAUUAAGAUUGUCUUCAUUUUUUUACUUUAAAGAGAGAUGGUAAGAAAUUUUGUUAAUGUAUUCAACUUUGUUGUACAUUUGAAUUAUGGUGAGAUCUUUUUAUCAACUUAAGGACUGCAGCUUGCUUGUAGUGUUGCGUCCUAACCCAUUGAGCCACCAGGGUGGGCCAGCAGCUUUUUGUUUUUUCCUUCACACAUUUUUUAUUUCAUUAUUGUAAGGGUAGAAAUGCCAGCUCCACAACAGAAAUCAGUAAAAUGUAUUCGUCACUACUUAAAGAUGUAAAAAAGAUUCAUUCAGGGAAAGCCUGAGGGUGAGAUAAGCAUUUCUGUCUGCAGUCUUUUUUGAGCCCUCAGUGAUUGCCACAAUGAACUCUAAGUCAGUUUAAAAUUGUCUACCUCUCCUAUAGGCCUCUUCACAAAAACUUCUGUUGGCUCUCAGAGUUUAGGGCUUGGGGAGCCUUCCUCAGAAGUCUUACAAGUUGUGGCUCUAAGUUAGAUCUAAAUCCUCCACUCUUCAGAGAGUAUUUGGGAAUUCCCUCUGGGUGUUUCUUUACUGAAGCUGUUAAUUAUGGAGUGUGUCUCAGUGUAUGCUACUCUUUUCAAAGAGAGGCUUUUGUUUUGCUUUUCUCAGUUACCCAUUGUUUAGGAUGUGUUUGGAUAGUGUCUAGAUUUUUAUUUUCAGAGGGAAUUUUUCCAUGUCAAUCUGUAGAUUUGUAAUGGGGUGGUCCCCAGGUAAAGGGGAAGCCCCAGGUUCCCUGCUGCACCCAAAGGAGGGGGGAGCAGAGCAGGGAGGAGAAGAAUCUGGAGAGGAGAACGAAGAAGGAAGCAGGAUGGAGAGACAG